AGUCAUGGUUCUUUCACUCGCCUUGACCCAGUUGGCAUACUUUCCCCUGAUGAGAGAGAAAGCCUCAUUUAUUUUGAAAAUGCCAUCAUUCUUUCCCACUUCGCCACUUAAAUCACUCCUCCCCUCCCCUUAUAUAAAACACAAUAAUACCUCCUCCACAUCCCAUCCCAUCCCAUCCCACCCCACUACAAAUCCCAUAUUCUAUUUUUUUUCUCUCUCUCUCUCCUCUUGAGUCUUGAAAAAAGAAAAGAAAAGAAAAGGAAAGAAAGUGAAAGGAAAAUGGGAGCAAUGAGGGUUUGGAGUGUGCUUGUGGUGAUGGCGGUGGCCCUGGCAACGUUUGGGGAGUGUGGGUCGUCACACCACGCGGCUCCGGCGCCGGCGGUGGACUGCUCGACCCUGAUCUUGAACAUGGCGGACUGCUUGUCCUUUGUGUCCAAUGGGAGCACCGAUACAAAGCCCGCAGGGACUUGCUGCAGCGGCCUCAAGACCGUCCUCAAAGCCGACGCUGCCUGCCUCUGCGAGGCCUUCAAGAGCAGCGCUCAACUCGGCGUCGUUUUGAACAUCACCAAGGCCGCCUCCCUCCCCGCUGCCUGCAAAGUCUCUGCUCCUUCUGCCACCAACUGUGGAUUAUCUAUCACUCCUGCAGGUGCUCCUGGUCUCUCGCCGGGAUCUUCUCCAACAUCAUCUGUUGCUGCUACACCCGAGUCGUCUGCUGGAGGGAACGAGCAAGCACCUGCUUCUCCGCCAGGGGCCUCGGGUUCUCUUAUGCUUGCCAGUUCAGUUGGAUCCCUGCUUGUUGGUCUUGUAGUUGCAUCAUUCCCUUGUUUCUGAGAGCUGAGUGGUGCCAUUUUUGAGAGCUGAGAGGGAUGAUAUAAGUAAGAGAGUUGUGAUGUUCAUUUUACCAUUGGGGAGUUCUCAGUUUAGUUGUUUUUGAGGUGUGACUGAAGUUAGAUUUGACAUCUGUUUUGGGGUCACUUGAAACCUGUAUUGAUAGUUUGGUUGGACAUCUUUUUCCUAAUUUAUUAGUCUAUUUCUUCGUAUAAUUUUGUGCUCCAUUUUGAUUUGAAGUUCGAACUUAAAAGAAUUCUUGUGCUAUGAGCAAUGAGCAUGUUGCAAUUUGUAAACCACGCAACACAUUGUGCAAUGCAUUCGAUGGUAUAUCUGUUUCAUUCUGAA